AAAGAAGAAAUAUCUCUCUCUAUAUAUAUAUAUAUGUCGAGUAAUUUUACCUUUAAACCACAAAUUUUGAUAGUAUUUGUUUUGCUUAACUAUAUACAAACCUUUGUUGUUUAUUUUAGUGUUAAUAGUACACAUGUCAUAAUGUAAUAAGUAUAUUUAGUUAAUUUUGUUAUCUUUAAUUCUAUAUUCGUCUUUUGUGUUCUAUCUUAAAACGAAAAAAAAACCAAACAAAAACCAAACUUGUGAAACAAGAAUAGUGAUUUAUUCUAUUGAUGCCGAACAUCAACAAUAACGUUCUAAAACGAACGUCGUUUAUUAUUUUCAAACAAUUCAUCGAAUUAAAUUUAAUUAUCUUGUUAUCUUCGUUUUCAUAAUGUGUUUAUACAAGAUAGAUUCUGUUACAUCUUCAUCAUUGUCUCCUUCAUUAAUUGAAUCAUUUAAAUUUCAUCGUCAGAUACGUUUAUUACAUCAACAUUAUCGUUAUAAAUUACGUAUAAUUUAUUUUCGAGCGUAUGAUAUUAAUCUUACCGAAACAUCAUUAAAAACAAAUGUAUUAAAUUUAACUGAAACACAUUUAAUUGAUCUAUCAAUUGU